UUAGGUCACCAAUAGUUAGCGCUGUGUGUAGAAGGAUGAUACCGUACGAACUGGAUUAGUUUAUGACGAAAAAAUUAUGCGUAUAAUUUUUGAAAGAGAAUGGUAUGCAUUUUAAAUGAUAUAAGAACGUCACCAUUUCAUUUAAGCCGUAACCAUAUCCGGUUUUUUUUUUUUUAAUGCCGGCUAGCUAAGUCUACCUAACUCGAUAAGAUUAGCUAGGUAAGUUGGCUAGCAGCAGCCAGGUUUGUUUAGAAGUUGUGCAGUUUUAGUCAGCGAAAUUAAAUGUCAGCUAAAUUGUCAAGCCUGUUUAAACAAAGAAGAACAUACCCUCAGAUAACAUGGCGCUGAGAAAAGAAGUAUUUCAGGCAAAAGUCCUGCAGAGACUCUACCCUACUGCCCUAAAGGUAGAAAAAGCACUCGAGACUCCUGUCCAUCAACCCCAACCAGCUAAACAUUUUAAAGGUGUUCAGCUGAAGCCAAGCAAAGUGACUGGUCAUGCAGGAGAGUCUGCUGUAUCAGGCAGGAAGCUGUACACAGUCCUCCCUCCUCCGAAAGACUACGUUCCUGCCAGUGGAGAUGGAUCGAGGUCGGCUACUGAUGCACAACCUGUCAGUAACGCAGAUGAGAUGCCGCCUGCUGAUCCUGAAGGAUCAGAAGACCGCAGUGCCGCUGAAGAUAACGACCAUGCAAGCAAGAAGAGGAAACGGAGGAAGAGAAAGGCAGCUGCACUCUCUGAAGGGAAUCCGCCUACCACUGCUGCUCCUGCUGCUGAUGAUGGCAAAGCUGAAGAUGCUGAGGAGAGAAUUAAAGGGAAUGCAGAGGGCUCAGAGUGCCUCAGCAGAAACAGAAGGAGGAAGAUGAAGAAGAAGAGGCACAAAGAGAAGCUGCUCGCGCUUGGCCUCGUGCCCCGAUCCAUGGCCCUCGAGUUCACUUACAAACAAAGCGAGGAAAAGGAAGAUGAAGAGGAAGAAAAGAAGGUGGAAGAGGUUCUGGAGUUCCUUCAGUCUACACGAGAUCUCUACCAAUUAGAUCGCUCCCACAGUCCAGGUGAUCCGUCUGCGUUUUUCAGUGCGACCGAGUCGCUGUUCACUCGUCUGUCGGACGGUACGUCGCCCCCUGCUGUCCUGUCCACCCUGUGCGGGCUCAGAUGCCUGUUGCGUCAGAGGGAGGUGGAGAAGUUGCACGCUGUGCUGCAGGAGUUCACACACACUUCCACACUGCCUCAAGAUGAGACUAAAGUGAUCUACACACUCUUCCACUACUGGAUAACUGAAGUUCUUCCCAUGCAAACAGAAAAGAAGGCAUGACCACAACAUACGCACUGCAGUUCCACAGUUCGGUUCCAACUCCAGAUCCAGUUCUCUUGUUUAAUAUUAAGAGGAUUGGGACGAGGAAGCCAGUUUCUGUCAGGGUAUAAAUAUGGAGCUGUACAGGGGCGCCACCAGAAAUUUUGGGCCGCAUGAAAGAUUAGAAUUUUGGGCCCCCCAACUUUGCCCACCCUCGUCACGAUUGCACUAUUGUCAUUAUUUGACUUUUGAUAGCCCAUGGACCUUGAGUUUGUGACUUUAUUACAUUUUAUGUAUUAACCUACCAGGGACUAGAUGAAAACUGGUCAGUGACUAAUUCUGGUGCAUUUACAAUCACAAAUGAAAAUUCAAGAUUUUGCCACAUGCCUUUUUGUGCUAGGACAAUUGGUAGUGAAAUGUGUGAUGUGACUGCUAAUAAAUCAUAGAACACGUAA